UCCUCCCGCCGCCAUCUUGGGCCGCCAUGGGGCUGCGGGGCCGGCUCCGCCGUCCGGGGGUCCCGGGGCCGGGCCGGGGAUCCCGCUUGGACCCCGACAGCGCCCGGUAUUUCCGGAGGGCCCUGGAGACGCUGCGGGAAGGGCUGAGCCCGGAGGAGCUCGAGCCCCCCAAGGGGGCGGGGCCCAAGCGCAAGGGGGCGGAGCUUCCCAAGAAAGGGGUGGAGCGUCCCAGUAAGUGGGCGGGGCUUCCCGGGAAGGGGGCGGAGCUUCCCCCCUCCUUCCCCCCCCUGCUGGGGCAAUUGGCCGAGGCCUUCGAGGAGCACCUGCCCUCGCUGCUGGCCCCGCCCUGCGCCAGCCUGUGCCUGCAGGGGGCGCUGCGGGCCCUGGGCUGCAGCCAAUCGGAGCGCUGCGCCCGCCUCUGCCACGCCCUGAUUGGCCGGCUGGCCCCACCCGGCCCCGCCCACGACCAGAGCCCCGCCCUGGCGCAGGGGCUGCGGGACCCUCAGCUGGGCCGGGCGCUGGAGGAGGCUCUGGGGGCCCUGGACCCCCCGUCCCUGCGGGGGCUGUUCCGGGAGGGGCUGCGGGGGCACCUGAGGGGCGUGGCCUCCCACCCGCUGGCCAAUCACGGCCUGCAGCGCCUGCUGGACCACGCCCCCGAGGACGUGGUGGGGGAGGUGCUGCAGGAGCUGGGCCCCUCCCUGGGGGAGCCCCUGGCCCGGGGGUGCCCAGGGGUGCUGGUGGCGCUGGCGGGAGCGGCGCGGAGGAACCCGGCCCUGCAGCCCGAGGCCCUGCGCUGCCUGCUGCAGGCUUUCGGCUGCUGGGCCCCGUCCGAGCGGCGCCGGGGCUGCGUGGGGGCGCUGGGCAGGCUCCGCCCCUGGCCGAGGGGGAAGGGCCUGAGGCCCCCCUGGGUCCCGUCACCCUCCAGGGGUCCCUGCUGCUCCAGCACCUGCUGCACUUCCAGGACCCGGGGGUGGUGCUGGGGGGGCUGGGGGCCCUGAGCCCCCCGGCCCUGCUGGCCUUGGCCUGUAGCCCCCCCGGCAGCCACGUCUGGGACGCGCUGCUCAGCUCCCCCCAUGUGCCCCCCCGGGCCCCGCGCCGCCUCCUGCGCCGCCUGCAGGUAC